AUGUCCAGCAAGGCAAAAGUUCCUGUCAAGUCUCAUGGGAGCGAUAUCCGCGGGUUCUUUGCCAAGGGCUCAGGCUCAAGUACACCGCAGCCAUCUAGGGGCCCAGCCGCUGGAAAGCUGAAAACCUUGGCCAUCGAUAUCAGCGAAGAUGAGGGCGAGAGCUCGAAGAAAAAGCCCGGUGUAGCGAAGCCAACUAAGGCAACCCCUUCCAAACCCGCUCCUGCGAAGCCUACCCCUGCAAAACCCGGUCCCUCUAAGACCCGGAGCGAACGGGCGAUGGAGGUGGACAGCGAUAGCGACGUUCCGAAACGCACUGCCCCGAAGCGGAAAGCCAGAGUCGUUGAGAGCAGUGACGAGGACGAAGAGACUGGUACGCCCCCAAAGAAGAAGCAGGUCGUGUCUGCAGUCCCGCCCCCGAAGCCCCGCCCAAGCACGUCCGAGCCCAAACAGCAGCCCGCCGCCCGCCGCCCGCUGAGUCCUCGCAAGGCAGUCGCCGCAGCCACCGCACGCAAGAAGAAGGCACAAGACGAUGAUUUCAUCGUCUCGGACGACCACGUGGACGAUGACGACGAUCAGGACGAUGACUUCGAGAUGGACGACGAAGAAGAGGGCUCGAAGAAGAGCAAAAGCAAGACCAAGCCCCCCGCGAAGAAACCCCCGGCGAAGGCUGUUCCGGCUAAGUCUACUGCUGCAAAAGCCACUCCUACGAAGUCCGCGCCUGCCAAAAAGAAGACGGAAGAGAAGAAGCCAGCCAAACCCGCAGAGAACUCGUCUGCGAAGACGGAGGACAAGUCGGCCGCAAAGUCGGAGGGCAAGAGCGAGGAGAAGCCGGCAAAGAAGCCAAAUUGGAUAGCGAUGAAGGCGGGACGUGCCGGUCCCUCCGACCCCGGCUCAAAGGAGAUCCCCAUCCCCGAAGACCCGAAUUGUCUAGCCGGACUAUCGUUCGUCUUCACAGGCGAACUGAGCAGUCUUUCUCGCGACGAGGCUAUAGAACUCGCGAAGCGCUAUGGGGGCCGUGUUGUCGGGCAGCCGUCAACCAAGACAUCCUACGUCGUCGUCGGAUCCGAUGCCGGGCCCAGUAAGCUCAAGGCGAUUGAGAAGAACAAGCUCAAGACUCUCGACGAGGACGGCUUCCUAAAUCUCAUCGCGACGCGGAAGACGGACGAGAGCAUGCUGGAUGACAAGACGCGGAAGAAGAUGCAGAAGGAGGACGAAGCGAUCCGACAGAGUGCGAAGGAGAUGGAUAUGCGCGAAAAGAGGGCUGCAAAGGCGGCAGCGUCUGGGUCUGCAGUAUCCAAGCCAGACCUCGGCAGCCAGCUCUGGACAGACCGCUAUGCGCCACAGUCUCUUAAGGAGAUCUGCGGCAACAAAGGGCAGAUUGAGAAGCUUCAAGGUUGGUUGAACGCCUUCGCGGCGAGCAUGAAGUCGGACUUCAAGAAACCGGGCAAAGACGCCAUGGGUAUCUUCCGCGCAGUCAUGAUCACCGGUCCUCCAGGGAUCGGGAAGACGACGAGUGCGCACUUGUGCGCGAAGCUGGCUGGCUACACCCCUAUCGAGCUCAACGCUAGCGACGCGCGAAGCAAGAAGCUCGUAGAGAACAGCACCAACAUCAUGAACACCUCGCUGGAUGGGUGGAUGGGAGGCGGCACGAAGACAAACGCCGCCGGCGUCGCGAUCACGGAAAAAUCGUGUCUGAUCAUGGACGAGGUCGACGGAAUGUCGGCCGGAGACCGUGGCGGCGUCGUCGCCCUCGUCGCCCUGAUCAAGAAGAGCAAGGUCCCGAUCAUCUGCAUCGCGAACGACCGCGGCGCGCAGAAGCUGAAGCCGCUCACCGCGUCGACGUUCAACCUCACCUUCAAACGGCCCGAGGCCGCCGCGAUCCGCUCCCGCAUCCUGAGCAUCGCGUUCAAGGAGAAGAUGAAGAUCCCCGCGAACGUCAUCGACCAGCUCGUGCAGGGCGCACAGUCGGACAUCCGGCAGGUGCUCAACAUGCUCGCGACCUGGCGGCUGUCGAGCGCGAGCAUGGACUUCGACGAGGGCAAGGCGAUGGUGAAGAUGAACGAGAAGUACGCGGUCAUGACGCCGUUCGGGGUGAUCAACAAGAUGCUCGGCCCGCAGAUGUUCUCGCCCACGGCGCGGGAGACGCUCGGGGACAAGAUGGAGCUGUACUUCCACGACCCGUCGUUCGUCCCGCUGUUCAUGCAGGAGAACUACCUCAAGACCCAGCCGCACCGUGUCCGGAACGUGGAAGGGCCCGAGAAGACGCUCAAGCACCUCGAGCUCAUGGACAAGGCGGCGCGCUCGCUCUCGGACUCCGACAUCGUGGACAGUCUGAUUCACGGGCCGAACCAGUACUGGUCGCUGAUGCCUCUCCACGCCGUAUGCUCGACUGUCCGACCGGCCUCCUUCCUAUACGGCAUGGGCGCCGGGUACGGCGGCCCCAACGCCAUGUCCUUCCCGCAAUGGCUCGGCCAGAACUCGAAGCAGAACUCGCUCCAGCGGCAGCUCACCGACAUCCAGGCGCGCAUGCGCCUGAGGGUCUCCGGGGACAAGUCCGAGAUCCGCCAGAGCUACAUCCCCGCGCUCUUCCCGCACCUCGUGCAGCCGCUGAUGGAGAAAGGCGCGAGCGCGGUGGACGACACGAUCGAGUUCAUGGACGGGUACUUCAUCUCGCACGACGACUGGGACACGCUCGUCAAGCUCGGCGUCGGCGCGCAGGCCGAGGCGGCGGUGCUCAAGCAGAUCUCGACGGCGACCAAGUCCGCGUUCACGCGCAAUUACAACGCGCGCGACCACCCGCUCGCGUUCCACAAGGCGGAGGCGCUCGGCAAGCCGCCCAAGAGGCUCGCCGCGGCGGGCGCGGCGCCGGACCUGGAGGAGGCGUUCGACGUGGAGGACGAAGUGCCGGCAGAUGAGGAGAAGGAGGAGGCGGACGACGGCCUAGAUAACGAUAAGCUCAUCAAGGCGUCGAAGGGGAAGGGGAAGGGCAAGGCGGUGGCAGUGGUGGCGAAGGGGAAGGGGAAAGUCACGAAGAAGUGA